CACGGCCAAAUAUUGUUAAAAUGUGUGAUAACUUUGUAGAGAAUUUUAAUGGUGACGGGAUGGAUAUUUUGCCACCCAAAUUUUCACAUGAUGGUUUUUGGAAGGAAAAUGAUGAAGAGCUAGCAAUCGUCAUGGCCGGAAUUCUUGAUGUUUUGAAUGAUGUUUGGAAUAAAAUAGCCCAGCCUUUGAAGCCCAAUUUGUUAAUUUACAGAGUGAGGGGACAUAUGUGA